AUGGGCCUGUUCAACCGCAAGAACAAGGCUAGUGCCGCCACAGAUACAGCUCCAACCUCCCAACCCGUCGCAGAAAAGCCAAGCGGCUCCAACGAUUCCACCAAUGUCUCGUCGGCCACCCCUGCUGCCGAAGGACUCCUUCCUCAAUACAAUCACAACGGUCACCUGAUAACAAGAGGCAUUCAUCCCGAUGGAGAGAGUGGUCGCAGUGGAAUUCACCCGGUUCAAUUUCUCAAAAUCAUAUGGACCUCGUCCUGCGCUGUCUCGAGUUGGGUCAACGUCCUAUGGCCUUUUGUUCCCGCAGCCAUUGCCCUCCACUUCGUCCAUGGCGACCACCAUCUGUGGACUUUUGCUAUCAACUACAUCGCCAUGGUGCCCGCUGCCAAUUUGCUUGGGUUCGCUGGACAAGAGCUGGCUAGGAAACUACCCAAGGUAAUGGGCAUCCUCAUCGAGACGACUCUGGGAUCCGUCGUGGAAAUUGUCUUGUUCAUGGUCCUGAUUGCCAAAGACAACGGAACUGGCAAGAUCGGAACUGGCAAUAAGAUUGUAGUGAUCCAAGCCGCCAUUCUUGGGUCCAUCCUUACCAACCUCCUGCUGUGUCUGGGAUCCUGCUUCCUCGUAGGCGGCUUGGUGCAUAAGGAACAAACAUUCCACGCCGUCAUUAGUGAAGCCGGAUCGGGGUUGCUCUUGGUUGCUGGAUUUGCCCUUUUGAUCCCCAGCGCCUUCUAUGCUUCCUUGAGUCGCAGCACUGUUCCUGACGGUGAAGAAGGUUAUACGGCAUCACUAUUGCGCAGUGAUACUCUCAACAUCAGCCACGGCGUCUCUGUCAUCCUUAUUGUUGCUUUUGCGCUUUACCUGCUUUACAAUUCACUUUCGCACGACAACAUCUUUCAAGAAGUCCUGGAGGCUGAUGAAGAAGCUGACAGAGACAGGCACAGAGAUCUCAAAAAGCCAAAGUUGACCAUGACCGAGUGCAUCAUGGCCAUUGUCUUGGCGUUGACUUUCAUUUCCCUCAUUGCUGUCUUCCUCGUGGAGGAGAUCGAGUUUGUCGUUGAGAAUGGAGUUCCGGACACCUUUUUGGGCCUGAUCCUUGUGCCGUUGGUGGAGAAGGCUGCCGAACAUUUGACUGCCGUUGACGAGGCAUAUGACAACCAAAUCAAUUUUGCUCUCUACCAUUGUCUUGGGCCUUCGAUCCAGACAGCCCUGUUCAACGCCCCUCUUGUUGUCAUCGUGGGUUGGGGUCUUGGUAAACCAAUGGAUCUGAACUUCGAGAUCUUCAUGGUCGUGCUUCUGGUCAUGUCUAUUUUGGUAGUUGGCAAUUUCCUCCGGGAUGGGUCUUCCAACUACCUGGAGGGCGGCCUGCUUGUGAUUGUAUAUGUCAUUAUUGCGGUCACAGCGUGGUAUUAUCCCAAUGCUGAAUUGACCACGUCCAACGGGACGCAAGGCAGCGGUUGA